GGCUGAGGAUUGCCCGAGUCAGUCAUGGGUCACCCUGGGAGUCAGAUGUGGACAUGGACACUGUGUGUCCUCUUGAGCUGGAUGUCUGUGGGUCAAGUGUUGGCCAGACCACAGUACAUGGUGGCUGUUCCUGCGGUUCUUGAAGCUGGAGCUGAAACCAAAUUCUGUGUGAGUCUCCUGCAGCCCAACGAGACUCUGGUCAUGACCGUCACUCUGAUCUCCCAAGAGAAGAACACAACCCUUCUCAAACAAGCAUCCAGUGAAGAGUUUCAUACCUGCACUCACUUUAAGGCUCCUUUAGUGCAGAAUGAAAGGGUGCAGAAGUUCGAGGUGGAGGUACAAGGCAACACAUUUUACUCUAAAGAAAUCAGGAAAGUCAUGUUCAAAGUCUAUCAGCCAGUGACGUUCAUCCAAACAGAUAAACCGAUCUACCUCCCCGGACAAACAAUACAUUUCAGAGUCAUAACAUUGGACACCAAGUUGAGACCUGCCAGUCGGCUGGUGAGUGUUUGA